UAUAUUUACUGAGGCUUAAAAUUCCAGUUUAUUACUUAACAGGAAGUGACUUGAAGGAAUGGAUGACGUGUUUCCGUUAGCAGGGCUCCUGGAGCUGUAGCAGUCACAUCGAGCCGAAGCGUGCGGACUGACGCGGCCGUGUGUUUUUUGUUUGAUGAAAACACGGCAGUCAACCUCCGUUUGUGUUGCAUUGGCAUUCAUCACGGUUUCAUCCGCUCCCGGUCAUAUCAUGUAGCUAACGCCUUCCAUUGAGUUGGCUAGCGUGACGAGGUGUUAGCCUGGUUAGCAUCACUGGCUAGAUGUGAGCACAAAGGCCGAAGGAACCGGCGAACUGGGUAAAAAUGCAUCCCUCUUGGGGCAACUACGGCGCUCCGCCGCCGCAAAACUUCGGAGGACCUGGACCUCGCAAACCGCUUGGGCCGCCUCCUGGUGCGGCGACCGGGUUCGGCGGCUUUGAAGCUUCUUCAGGCGGCUCGCUGUUUUCCAGCCUGCAGGAGCAGCACCUCCAGCAGAUGCAGCAGCUCCAGAUGCUACAUCAGAAGCAGCUGCAGAGCGUCCUACACCACGGCUCUGCCGCCGGAACCUACGGUGGAUAUACCGGGUCGGGCUAUUAUAAGCAGGACGAGUCCAUCCGCCCCCCGAUGAGAGGCUCCCACGCUGCCCCUCAUGAACAAGUGCAACCACCCCCGCCGUGUCAGCCGCACCCGGCAGAGUUAAAGCCGGCACCUCCGCCACCCGAGCCUGCGGUGUCACAAGCCCCAGGUAUCCACAAACCAUCAGAAGCCAAGGCCAAUGACUCAUCGAUGAAGGAAGACAAGACCACAUCUUUGCAGGAUCAACAGCAACUUUGGUACAAGCAACAUCUCGAGAAUCUGCAGAAAUUAAAGCAAGAUAAAUCUCAAAAUAAGAAAGCUAGUGAUGGUCCUUUGCUACCACAACCACCCAAGGGCCAGCCACCGCCACCCCCUGCAGAACCAACAAAAAAUGCACCUCCUCCACCACCUCCAAAAGAUGAGCCACCUGUGCCGCCUCCACCACCAUCCGAGGGGGAGAAUCCACCAAAUCCAGAAGAGUCAGCCCGUCUCCAGCAGCUGCAGGCAGCAGCAGCUCAGUGGCAACACGUGCAGCAGGAGCGAGCACGCGUGCAUUACCAGGCACUCAUGCAGCAUCAUGAAAAGCUGCAGAAUAUGCUUGAACAGUACCAGCAUCUUAUCAAACAACCUCCAAACUUCCCGUCGAUGUCUGCAGAAUUGCAACUGAAGCAUUAUGAAAUGCAAAAACUGCAGUUCACUCCUUUGUACCAAAACUGGGAACAAUCCUACAUCCUUUGGUUCGAGCAGUUCCAGACCUACCCACACAAAGAUCAACUUAAAGACUAUGGAAACCAGUGGAAGCAAUGGCAAGAGCAGAUGAACGCUACAAAUGCCCACCUUGAGGAACGGAUAGCUGCACUCAGUGCUUUGGUACCAUACCACUCAAGUCAGCACAACAUGGGAAUGGUGGGACAGUUUGGCCAAUUUCCUGGACAAGACUUACAAGUGCAGCAACAAGUUAAUCCCAGCUUGCAAAAUCCUCCGAUCUCUGCUGGUCCGCCACCCACACAGACUACUGGACCUCCACCGAGAGUAGUUGGCCCUGGAAUGCAAGGUCCCUUGCAAGCUAAUUCAAAUUUCAACAUGGCUAGAGGACCCAGAGAAAGCGCCCCUCGAUUCGAACAUGCUCAACACCCACCUCGGUUUGAUCAACCACGACAGCGUUUUGAUGCCCCCCCACGCUUUGAUCAACCACGGCAUCGGUUUGAUGGCCCCCCUCGGUUUAACCAACCGCGCCAGCGUUUUGAUGGUCCCCCCCAGUUUGAACAACCCCGUCAGCGUUUUGAUGCACCCCCACAGUUCGAUCAACCACGGCAACGUUUUGAUGGACCCCCUCGGCUUGAUCAACCACGUCAGCGGUUUGAUGCCCCCCCUCGGUUUGAUCAACCACGUCAGCGAUUUGAUGCCCCUCCUCGGUUCGAUCAACCACCUGAGCGGUUUGAUGGUCCUGGCCAUUUCGAGCCGCCCAGAUUUGACCAGCCACAGAAUCGCUUUAAUGGUCCACCAAGAUUUGCUACAACACAAGCAAGGGGUCAUCCGCCGCGUUUUGGACCGCCACCUAGACAUCAAACCCCUACAGCUGGUUUGGAACAUCCUGGGCCCCCACAAAACAUCCAAGGACCUCAAGCUAAAUCAGAAGAAAGUGAAAAACCACCUAUUUCUGACUCGAAGACUCUUGAUAAACCAACCAAUCAGUCUACUUCUGGAAAAGAUAACAAGGUAGCUGCAUCUGAUAAAAAAGGUGUUGCUGUCGAUAUGGCUGAUGACAAUGAUUUCAGCAAUGGCUUUUUCGUUCAAAGUGAUCCCAUACCGCAAAGUUUAAAUGCAAACACAAUGACAGAGAGUGAUGAUCAUAAGGAAGCCUCCGGUGUUGUAGAUGAAAAGAAACCUGCAGACAUCAAUCCAACAUCAAAUGCAUUAGAUUCUGUGCCUUUACAAAACAAAGAGAAACCUGAUGGAUCGGUCGUCCUAGAAAACAAAACUCCAGACCUGCCCAAGGACGACAACUCUCAAGUUUCUAAACAAACUCAAUUAAGAUCUGCUACGUCUCUUGGUAGAGGACGUGGUCAGCCCUCAUUUCCAGUGCGUGGGCGAGGACGUGGCCAACCAGAACCAGGGGAUUUCAGAGGUCACGAAAGUGAUCCUGGGGAAAAGACGGGUGACAUGGGCUAUAACUAUAUGCCACCAGAAGAGGAUAUGACAAUGCAAGAAGGUGAUGAUUCUUACUGGCAAGAUGCCUCCCAGGAGGAAUAUGAGGAGUCACAACUACAUAGUGAUGACAUCUGGAUGCCAGAGGAAGACUUUGAAAUGGAAGGAGAAUAUUAUGAUGGACCGUCUGAAGGACCGCCAAGGGGAAGAGGAGGACCUUUCCAUAUGAGAGGAGGCCCUAUGCAUAUGAGGGGCGGCCCCCCACAUAUGAGAGGGGGUCCCUCCCAUUUGAGAGGAGGGCCCAUGCAUCCCAUAAGCGGUUCGCCUUAUAUGAGAGGUGGUCCUCCAAAUAUGAGAGGUGGUCCUCCACAUAUGAGAGGUGGACCCCAGGCAAUGAGAGGUGGGCCCCAGGCAAUGGCUCGUGGUGGUCCACCAAUGGGGAGGGGUGGUUUUCCGGGGGAUAGAGGUGGUCCAUUCAUGGGAAGAGGAGGGCUGCCCAUGGGAAGAGGAGUCCUGCCAAUGGGAAGAGGCGGCCCUCCCUCGGGAAGAGGUUUUCCACCCAUGGGACGGGGUGGCCCACCCAUGGCGAGAGGGGGUAUGCCCAUGGUAAGGGGUGGCCCACACAUGGGGAGAAGCAUGCCACUCAGGGGAAGAGGGGUUCCACCAAGGGGCAGAGGGGGUCCUCCUCCCAUUGAUGGAGAACUGGGAGACACUCAUUGGGACGAUCAUGAGUCAUUUGAGUACAUGGAGCAAGGAGAAAAUUACUGGGAAGAAGGAAUGCCACCAAUGAGGGGUAUGAGGCCACCCUUCCCGCCCGGCCGUCGUCCACCUCGAGGCCAUCCCGCUAUGAACUACCCGGGUUUGUCUCGCCCUAUGGCUCCUGGAUCAGCUGAUGACGAUUCAUUAGCCUACGAAGGUGAUGACGGUGUGGAUCCAGAAGGACACCCUUUUACCCCUUCGAACCGUGGUGUUGGAAGAGGAAGACCCCGGCUUCCACCGCCACCACCCCAUGAAUUGGUUGGAUUAGAUCCUGAGCGGCAGCGUUUUGACGGCGAGGGGUUAGAAUAUGGAAGGGAGCCACCCAGUGGGAGGGGAGCACCAAUGCCUCCCCGAUCAGAGAGGGGAAGAUUAAUAGGCCGUGGAGCUGGGCGGGGCUUGUGGCAUCCCGGACAAUCUGAUGAGGGUUAUAAAGAAGGACAUCUUGAGGCGUUUGUUGAGGAUUAUGGUCAUGGGAAAGGUCGCCGGAUGCCAGAAGACUGUCCUCCAGAUUAUUAUGAACAUGAGAGAAGAUACUUAGAAUGGGAAAGAGAGCAGCCUCUUCGUGACCGUGACUAUCCUGCGCACAUGUCUUUAGCAGAGCGCUACAGAGAUGAUCGUUAUGCUGAGGAGUUGGAAAGGAGGCGUCCGUAUCCAUAUGAUGAACACGACAGGCUUGGAGAGGAAUUUAGAGCUCAUGAGUACAGGGAAGAUCCAGUGUACCGGAGAGAUGAGCCGCCUCAUUCACGGCUGUCUGAAUGGGAUCGACCUCUCAGAGAGAGGAUGUUUGAUGAUCGCCGGGAAAUCCCACCUUCUGAUAUACCUCCUGCUACAGCGCCGGCACUAGCAACAGAAAGCUCAGAUGAUCCAAAUUCCACAGAAGACAAUGCCUCCAGUGUUCUGGCUUUAUCGCAACGUCAGCAUGAAAUCAUCCUGAAGGCUGCACAAGAGCUUAAACUUAUCAGAGAGAUGAAGGAGGGAAAGACCCCAUCGAGUGAGGUUCAGGCUGCACCUGCUGAGAGCCUACCAGAUCUUCCUGCUGGGCUACUUGGCUUAGAGAUCCCCGCAGACGUUAGAAAUGCCCUGAAGGGAAUGACUGCACCACUACCGACCCCUUCAGCUGAAAGUCAGUCGUGGAAUACAAAACCUGACGCAGCAGAUUACAACCCGCCCACUUCUUCAAUAAUUCCAAAAACCGUAGAUUAUGGACAUGGACACGAGCCUGGUGCUACAGUGGAGCGGAUCUCUUAUGGUGAAAGAAUAGUGCUCAGGCCCGACCCCGGUCACUCAGAAAGGGCUUAUGAUAAAGAACUGUUUGGUCACAGGGAUCUAUAUAGCCGAGACCCGUACUACGAGAGACGAGGUGACCCUUAUCUGGAUCGCAGGGAAUACAGCAGAGAGAGAGAGUUGUACAGGGAUAAACUUCCUCCGGAGUAUGAAAGGGACAGAUAUGAAAGAGAUCGAUACCCACCAAGAGGAAGAGAAGAAAGCUCUCAGUCACUGGUUGAAGAAAGAUCACCACUGGCAUCGCACCUUCGACCUGGGUACAGAGAAAGGGACCUGGAGUUCAGAGAGAAAGACCGAAGCCGUAGUCGUGAGCGGGAUGAUCAUUACGGAAGACCAAGCGGUGACAGACCUCCGUACGAGCGCCCCGGAGCUGAGCGCAGUGGGAUUGAGCGUUACGGCCACAGCUCGUCACCAUAUGUGGACAGAAGAAACUAUCCAGAUGAGAGAGGCCCUCCUGUUGCAGUACCUCAGCCACCUGUACGGGUCGAGAAGAAGCCGGAAAUCAAGAAUGUAGACGAUAUCCUCAAAGUGCCCGGCAGAAAUUCUCGACCAGAGAGGAUUGUCAUCAUUAUGAGAGGACUUCCAGGAAGUGGCAAAAGCCAUGUUGCAAAGCUCAUAAGGGAUAAAGAGGUGGAGUGUGGUGGCGCCCCUCCAAGGGUCAUUGUUUUAGAUGACUACUUCAUGACUGAAGUUGAGAAAAUCCAGAAAGAUCCAGACACAGGGAAGAGAGUGAAAACCAAGGUUCUUGAAUACGAGUACGAACAAGAGAUGGAGGAUACCUACCGGAGCAGCAUGUUUAAAACAUUCAAGAAAACUUUGGAUGAUGGAUUUUUCCCAUUCAUCAUUUUGGACACGGUUAAUGACAGAGUCCGACACUUUGAACAAUUCUGGAGUGCUGCUAAAACGAAAGGCUUCGAGGUGUACGUUGCUGAAAUAUCUGCAGACACGCAGACCUGCGUGAAGAGAAACAUCCAUGGCCGCAGCCAAAAGGAAAUCACAAAGAUGCACAGUAACUGGGAAGCAUCACCACGUCACAUGGUGCGUUUAGAUGUUCGGUCCCUUCUACAAGAUGCUGCUAUUGAGGAGGUGGAAAUGGAAGACUUUAAUCCUGAUGAUGAGCCUAAAGAGCCGAAGAGAGAUGAGGAAGAAGAAGCUGAUCUGGGCUACAUUCCAAAAAGCAAAUGGGAGAUGGACACGUCAGAAGCGAAGCUCGACAAGCUGGACGGUCUGGGCAGCGGUGGGAAGAGGAAGCGGGAGAGUGUACACAUGGCAGGUCUGGAGGAUUAUCUGCAGUUGCCCGACGACUACGCCACACGCAUGUCUGCGCCGGGAAAGAAACGGGUCCGGUGGGCUGAUCUGGAAGAGCAGAAGGACGUGGACAGGAAACGUGCCAUCGGUUUUGUGGUGGGACAAACGGACUGGGAGAAAAUUACGGAUGAGAGCGGGCAAAUCGCACAACGAGCUCUCAACCGAACCAAGUAUUUCUGAGAAGAUUUCGUGUAUUUGUUUUUCCUCUGUAAAAAGGUUGGUACGAUUCAUUUCUCCUUCGUAGCCAGGACAUUAGGCUGUAAACCGAAUGAUGCCAUUCAUGCGACGGGAUUAUUGAUACUGUUUUUAUUGUUGGUGAUAAAAGAAAAACGCAUCAGACUUUGGCAGAACAAGCUAUACUUGGUCUUCUUGAUGACAGAAUUGAGAUAAAUACUGUAUGUUUGGUGGUUUUUGUUUACUUGCCUGUUCUUCAAUCAUAAUCCCCUGCUCUUCUUUCAGGUGCCCUGAAUGUGAAACACGGCUUUGUGCGGAUGACAGGAUCGCAACUGUAACGUCUUGUUUUAUCAUUCAAAAGUUCUUUUUUCUGUUUUAUUUAAAUGAAGACUUCAUUUCUUCUAGUCACUUGAGCUGUCCUCGCACCGAACUCUGCUGUUUUUUUAUGGUGUUUGCUUCCUGUAGCAACAUUUCUGGUCUUUGUAGAUGACAAUAAAAACUCAUAACCAAACCUGGAAUGGAGUUUUGAGUCUCACACACAGCUUUGUUCAUUGUUACGCACCACACAGUGUACAGCUUCUUAUUGGCUUGUAUUGAAACAUGCUGCUACUCCGACAUCACUCAUGUGUUACCUUGUUUACUUACAGCGUUUAUAUUAUAGAUCCUUUGUAAAUCUACUUCCAGUGUCUAUUUUAUUGACUUGAAACUGCGAACUGCAGCAUCUUCUGUGGUGGCCGUGACUUCCAGUCCUCAGGCAUUCAGCUGUCACUCAGGCACCUUAUGUAUUUGUUCAUUUGGAUGUUCUCUCAAAACCCUCUACAUGCUUUGAAGUCUCACAUUUCAUCUCUUUGUAACACAGCGUGGUUGGCCUUUGCUGCACCACAAUGUUUGUACUUUGAAUGUCUUCACAUUUUGUAUCUUCGUUUCCACGGAGAUGCAAGAUGGUAUUGCAGUUAGAUAUCUCCCACUGUGGGACAAAUAAAUCUCAUCUAAUCCACAUCUGAACUAGAAACAUGCUUCAGAUGUCUACUGGAAUAAUUUAGUCUAAACAUGACCAUGAUGACAAUUUUCCAUGACCCGCCUUGUCUAGUUCAGAUAUAUUCAGUUCUUCAGAACAUCAAUAGCUACAACCUCUUGUUGCCGCUGACUUGCCGACAUGUAUUUGUGAAAGAAGUGCAAUAUAUUUUAAUAUGGCCUGAAAAAUAUUCUCUCAAAAUACAGUUUUCCUUUAAAUGAUAUUUGAAGCACCAUCCCGCUGUUUUAUUCAAGUAGUAGUAAUUUUAUCCAUCUAUUCUAACAUAGUGAUAUAAUGGAGUUCUGACAGACAAUUAUGUUGCUCCACCAAAAUGUACGUAUAUAUAUAUAUCCAAAAAAAAGAAGGAAAUGUGUUUCGGUGUGUCAUUAUUCCUUUAUUGUGUUCUCAUGAGAAUACAUACCUUAUUACAUGAUUCACCUUCAUCGUAUGUGCGUCACCAUUUGUGGCAGUAUUUCAACGUCAGUACGAAAUUCAGAGCUUGAAUAGAUUUACUCACCGACCAGAACAUGAAGGUUUGAAACAAAGUGCUGGUGUCUUCAUUGACCUGCACAAGUGGGACAACUCCUCUCUUCCACUGGCAGGUAAAAGUUUGUAGUGUGAAAUUAGUGUCGCGUUUCGAAGCACAAUCUUUAGGAACUUUCCGGCGACUCACGAGAUGAAGCUCACGUUGCGAUUUGAAGUAUUUGAUGUAGUUCUGGUGUGGCACAAAACAUUUGAUGACCGAGGACCACAUGAAGUCUCAUCCAGGGAUACAAAUGGCCCCCAGGCCAAACUUUGGACGCCCGUGAUGCGUCGUCAUCGCAUUACCCUUCUAUGUUUCUGAAUCGUGGGAGGAAACUGGAGUGCCUGGACGUGACACCCAUGUGUGCUCAAGGAGAACAUAGAAUGGAUCAAGGCUCCAAUGCAUUAACUUCACCGUAAUAAAGAAAUGGCUUUGAGACAGGCAAAUGCCGUGUUAGAUAAAGGCAAUACUCAUGAAUGUAAAGGAGGUUUGGGUUUCACCUUUGGAUGAAAUCACCUUUAACAUGUAAAUUGUUGGAUAUUAAAAAUGUCCCUCUCGUGUGUGGCCUCAUUCAUGACUGUGCAAGGUUACUUUGCCCCUAAAGAUCAGAGUGUCACUCCAAGACUGCGUGAAUGAUGAACUGUUCUUCUUUAGAUGAAGACAUUUGAUCGCAUGUUUGUGACUAAACAAGUAAGUCCACAAUGUGACGUUGAAGCUGUGGCACCUGACGCACGCGUCUCAUCCAUGACUCCGAAACUCGGCUGGAACCUCACAGUCCAGUUUGCAGAUCACUUUGUAGAUCGCCUUUUUCCAUGAGGGAUCGCCGUCCUUUCCCAUGGAAAUAGCCACGUAGAACUCUCGCAGUGUAAUCUCCGCUACCUCCAGGAACUGAUCUGGGACCUGGUGACCCAAAAAGCACAUCAUGAGCUCACUAAAGACGCAAAGAGCUCCCCUUAGUGGCCAAGUUGCAUUCAAAUCGCUGUUGUGGAAUUUCUCCUAUAAGCUAUUCCGAUGGCAAGGACCUUGCUGUUAAGCAUGAAAAGAGGACUUUUAUUGGACGGAAGAGGCAGGACAGAUACUUACCAAAAACUGGGUGACUGAGUUACAGAAACUCUCCAGAUUGGAUCAUGCUGGAAUGAUAUCUCACGAGAGAUGUCGCAAUGCAAUACCACAAUACUGUCAUGAAAGUCACAACACUGAGGCAAGCUUCCAGCAGCGGGUUCAUCCACCAAACACUUGACAGCUCAUUGUAUCAUUUCUGCUUAUAAGUGGGCAUUUAUUUAAAGUAUCGCUUGCAAUUAAACAAGUAUUUCUUAUUUAUACCAAACAUUAUUUACAGUUGCCGUCUUCACCAGCCUAGAUUCUAUGAUCAACUUUUGAAAUUCUGACACCUAGUAACAAAGGUCGACCACACGCCCCUCACUGAGCUUGGAGCGUCUGUUCCGUCCCUUGCUCAGACUUCUCUGGGAAUGUUCUGGAAUCACCUCUUAGCUGUGACUACUCACUAGGUAAUGUUUGGUGCACUCAGGCCCAGAGGGUUAAUGUUAGAUGUGAAACACGGUAAGUUGUGAUGGUCGUCUUUUCGGGGUUUUAAGUCUUAACCUGUACCUGAGCAUCAUUGGUGUUUUUGACAGUCGUGGAAUGAGAGCAAGGAUGUGACAAAGAAAAAAAAAAGACUGCAAUUUCUGACAUAAAAACUCAUCUUGUCUAACUCUGUCUCUGGGUGUAGAUUUAAAAAAAAAAAAAAUCUUGACAUUGAGUUUGGCCUGAAAUUUGUUAAUGGCGCCCUCUGGUGUUAACUAGCAAGCAGUCGUCCUCCCCUCUGAAGGGGAAAUGAACGUGAGCUUGACCCUUGUGACCUUGUCUCACUCUGACCUGUCAGUAUAGGAGAGACGUGCCUAAAUGACCUUGUGUGGAGAGUCGACAGACCACAUGAGGUUCAGGUGUGAGUGAGGUGCGGGAGGAGAGCAGGUUCAUGUUAGGCUUUCAAUACACAAAUGAUAUUCAGUGAAUGUCAUGGCAAUGUUGCGUAUCACAGUGGAGGGAAAGGAUUUGUACAGAGGAACUGUCGCAGGUAGGUCAACAAGGAUGAUGUAGCUUUCAAGCCAGGGUGCGGAGCAACACAGGGGUGGGAGGAGAAGUAAGAACUGGACUAGAAGAUUCCAGUUUUUAUGCCACUCAUGCAAUAAAGGUCCACCAAAGGAAACAAUCUUGUGCUCUCUCAUCUUUAGACCCUGAUGUUCCCACGUUCAAUAUGUCACCUGAACCUGUCAAGUGUUGCGAGAAUGUGUCCAAUGGAUUUUAAUGUUCUUUCGUCUCGCGUACGCAAAUGCUGCCCAAUAGUUAAAACAUUUUGUGUUUUGUUCCUUUUGCUUUUUCAACCAAGUAUCUGGUUUGAGUGGAAGACUUGGUUUUAGUUCUUUCAGAUGUUUUCUUACUUUAUCUUACUUUUUUAAAAUAAAAAAGCCUAACCUUGAGUCUUAAAGAAUCAUUUCAGCUUGAUGUCAGACAGCAGCAGCGUCUGAGGACCUGCAAGCUGAAGGUUCUGAAUGAAAAAGGUUUUCCUCAUAAAUGUUUGUUUCUGGUCGGAUCAUGUGAUCACCAGCCUUCACACGAGAGUCAUGUCGCUUCUCCAAUCACAACGCCCUCCACAGCCUCACUGCUAACCUUUUACAAUAGGUAGACAUGCUGCUCUCUGAGCUGAGUGAACUUUCAGGUCAGGCAACUCAGUCUUAGCUUAGAAGGUAGUUGACAGAGCAAUGGCGUCUUGUCUGUGGACGGCUGCCGUGGAGAACAUGCAGCCACCUAUCGUCUGGUUUAGCAGCUGAAGGAGGCAGGUGGUCAUAAUUUAAUGGCACAUCAUAGUGCAGCUGAUGCUUUGGCUGCAGAUAAAUUUGGAUUUUUCCUCUUUGGACACUUAUUUUUCAGUUUAAUUUUCAAUUCAUCGGCUGUGUUGAGGCUCUGCAACAUUGGCCGUGACUGUUUCUUUAGUCCAAUACAUUUGACCCUGACUCAAACACAUUUCAACUGUACCAUAGAUGGACUAGUUUGAUGUUGAAGUUGUACCUCACCUGAAAGUCGUUUGCCUUGUUGUAGUGCACGUUGAGCGUUCUGAAAAGCUCCGAUUCUC